AUGGACGAAGCCACCAUCACCCACGUCCUGUAUCCUCGACAGUCCCAGGGAUCCAGCCAAAACCAAGGCUCCAACUCGUUGUCGAGCAUCCUCUCCACCCUCAUCCCUACCUUGGUCAUUGCUGCUGUCGCCUUUAGCGCCUUUCUCUUCGUGCGCACGCGCUAUGGCCGCGUUUAUCGACCUAGAACCGAUGACAGACUGUUGGAGAAAAGAUGGACCACUCCUCGAUCCGACUCGGGCUUCUUCGGCCUCCUACGCAACUACUCCUCCCUGCCCGAUGCCUACGUCCUAGGUCACAACUCUCUCGAUGGCUAUCUCUGGCUGCGCAUGCUCAAAGUCUUCAUCUUCAUGAGCGUGGUGGGCUGCUGCAUCACUUGGCCAGUGCUGUUCCCUGUCAAUGCUACUGGGCAUGGUGGCCAAGAGCAACUCGACAUCCUGAGCAUGAGCAAUGUGAUCAAUCCCAACCGAUACUACGCCCAUGCUGGCGUCGCCUGGAUAUAUCUGGGAUUUGUCACUCUUCUGGUCGCCCGCGAGAGACUCAACUUUGUCGGUCUGCGCCGCGCCUACUUUCUCUCGGCAGCCCAUGCUCAGCGCCUCUCGUCAAGAACCAUUUUGGUCAUGGGGUUGCCUCACGAUUACAUGGACGACAAGGCUCUGCGACAAAUGUUUGGUCCCAGCGUUCGCCGGAUUUGGCUGCAGACCGACUGCAAUAAGCUCGAGGACGAUGUGAAAGAGCGGCAGAAGACAGCGUUGAAACUGGAGGGUGCCGAGAUGAAGUUGAUCAAACAGGCCAACGCCAGCCGCCUGAAGAGUGAAAAGAAGAACAAGACCCCAGAAUCUCCCGAGACUACCGGGUGGGAACCCAAACGCUGGAUCGACCAGAAGAAGCGCCCUACACACCGAUUGAAGCCCCAGCUCUGGAAGAAGGUGGACACCAUCAACUGGUCACGCGGGAAGCUCAAGGAACUCAAUCGAUAUGUCCAAGAGCAGCAAAAUGAGCACCUCGAUCUCAAGCACAACAAAGUUGCCGCUGCCUUUAUCGAGUUUGCAAGUCAGACGGCUGCUCAUAAUGCCUACCAGUCGAUCGCACGGGAAUCCCGAACCCAAUUCUCCCCCCGAUACAUUGGCGUUCAACCCAACGAGGUUGUCUGGAAGAACUUGGGUGUCAGCUACACCUCGAGAAAGGCCAAAGUUAUGAUCGCAACUGUAAUCAUCUGGGUCAUGGUCAUCUUCUGGGCAAUCCCCGUGGCGUUCGUGGGCUCGCUGUCCAACAUCAACUAUCUCACAAACAAGGUGCACUUUUUGAGUUUCAUCAAUGACAUCCCAAAGGUCAUCUUGGGCGUCGUCACGGGCUUACUGCCUGUAGUGCUUUUGGCACUCCUGAUGGCACUGGUGCCCAUAUUCUGCGGACUGCUGGCGAAGUACGCCGGCGAGCCGACUCAGUCGGCCAUUGAGCUCAAGAUUCAGUCCUGGUACUUUAUCUUCCAGGUGGUCCAGGUAUUCUUGAUCACUACAUUCGCUUCCAGUGCCACGGCGGUCACAACGCAAAUUAUCCAGGAUCCUGGCUCGGCGCCGACUUUGCUCGCGAAAAACCUGCCCAAGGCCUCCAACUUUUACAUCAGUUACUUCAUUCUCAUCGGCCUGUCGCAGGCAGCUCUACAGCUGCUAAACAUUGUGCCUUUACUGAUGUACACCUUGGUCGGCAAGCUGUUGGACAAGACACCACGAAAGCGCUACAGUCGGUUCAUCAACGUCGCCGGAAUGAGCUGGGGCUCAACGUAUCCCAAAUUCACUCUCUUGGGCGUCAUUGCCCUGUCAUACGCGUGCAUCGCACCGCUAAUCCUAGGUUUCGCCGCAAUUGGAUUCUGCCUCCUCUAUCUGAUGUUCAGAUACAACUGGCUCUUUGUCCUGGGUAACAAGGUCGACAUGAAGGGCGAAGCAUACUCCCGAGGUUUGAAACAGCUCAUGACCGGAGUGUACCUUGCGUCUUUCUGUCUCAUUGGCCUUUUUGCGAUUGGCUGCAGUGAGAGUGCCAGCAGUGCUGGCCCAUUGGCCAUCAUGGUGGUGUUCUUGGUGGUGGUAGUCAUCUUCCAGUUCUUGUUCGAUCGUGCGAUUGCACCGAUGGAGCAGCACAUGCCGCUCGAGCUGUUGAACGGUAACAAGUUUAGCACGAUGAUCAUGGAACAGCUGAUCGAUGAACAUCAACUCAAGCACGAGGACAUGGAAGCUGGCUCGUCGAGUCGUGGGGAUUCUGUUCCAAAGGAGUCAGGAUUCGCCAAAGAGGAGAGUGUUGGUGAUACCCCUGGGUCUCACGCCCAGUCAAAGUCACCCCCGUUCAACUUCCUGAGUCGUCGCAUCGAACCGAUGGCACUCAAAUUCUACGAAUCAAACCAGAAGAUCAUUCCCGAUUCGGUAGACUCGGAAGCGUGGAUCCCAGGAUACACCUCGGAGGAAUACGAACAGGCCUACCUGAACCCUGCCAUCACAGACCCAAAUCCCGUCAUUUGGCUGGCCAAGGACAAAUGCGGCGUGAGCGGAUUGAUGGUCGCCGAGAACAGGGAAGCGGGAAUCCAGAGCACUGAUGAACAUGCCGAGUUUGACGACAAGAACAAGCUCGUUUGGAGCGAAGAUCAGGUCAAGGAAAUGCCCUUGUGGCGGAGGUUGGUCAGGUACUAA